AGCGGGAGGCGGCGGGCGACGCGUGGGGUUCCGGGCGGGCAGAGGGCCGGGCUGCCCCCGGGAGAUCACAGCCUCUUUCCUCUGCUGUGGCCUGUGCUAAUCCCUGCUCCUUGGCCUGCCGCAGAGGGAAGUGCCGGCCAUGGAGAAAUACCAGGCGCUUGGCCUCGUGGGGGAAGGCAGCUACGGGGUGGUGACCAAGUGCAGGAACAAAGACAACGGGCAAAUAGUCGCCGUCAAGAAGUUCCUGGAAAGCGAGGAUGAUGCGAUGGUGAAAAAGAUGGCUCUGCGGGAAAUCAAGCUGCUGAAGCAACUCAGGCAUGAGAAUCUCGUGAACCUACUGGAAGUGUGUAAAAAGAAGAAACGGUGGUAUCUGGUCUUUGAAUUUGUGGAUCACACAGUGCUCGAUGACCUUGAGGCGUUUCCAAAUGGACUAGACUACAGCAGGGUUCGGAAAUACUUAUUUCAGAUUAUAAGAGGAAUAGCGUUUUGCCACAGUCACAAUGUAAUACAUCGGGACAUUAAGCCAGAGAACAUUUUAGUCUCCCAGUCUGGAGUUGUAAAAUUGUGUGACUUUGGAUUUGCCCGCGCAUUAGGAGCUUCUGGGGAAGCUUAUACGGACUACGUGGCAACUCGAUGGUACAGAGCUCCAGAGCUGCUGGUGGGAGACAUCAAAUACGGCAAGGCUGUGGACGUAUGGGCAAUUGGCUGUCUGGUAACAGAAAUGCUUACAGGAGAGCCGCUGUUCCCCGGAGAUUCUGACAUUGACCAGCUCUAUCAUAUCACCAAGUGCCUGGGUAAUUUAAUUCCAAGACACCAAGAGCUGUUCUAUAAAAAUCCCCUCUUUGCUGGCGUGAGGUUGCCUGAAGUGAAGGACAUCAAACCUCUGGACAGACGAUAUCCCAAGCUUUCUGCUGCAGCGCUAGAUCUAGCAAAGAAGUGUUUGCAGAUUGACCCGGACAAAAGACCAUCCUGUGCUGAACUCUUGCAGUGUGAUUUCUUUAACAAGGAUGGAUUUGCUGAAAGAUUUGCUGAGGAGCUUAAAUUAAAGAUUCAGAAAGAUGCCAGAGACCACCAAUUACAAAAAAAAUCAAAAAUCGGCAAAAAGGAGAAAGAUGAUUGUUUAGGAGAAGAAAGAAAAAUGCUUGCUAUCCAGGAUUUCAACAUUGACCCAAAGAGCAGAGACGCAAAGCUAUUCAAGGUGAAGCGCUCUAAAGCAGAUGCAGAGAAGGCAGAGCGACCCUCCAACGUGAGCUCCCUCUAUGACAGCGCAAUCAACCCUUUUAAAAUAGGCCCUCAAACCAGUCUGAAAGAUUCCACCAGCAGCUUGGACUAUGCCAAGAGCGCAGGCAUAGUUAUUCCUCCCAUCAUCCAGAACCUUUCUGCUACAACUGCCAGUAGGAGUAUGAAUGCUGGGAUGGGGUCCAUUCCUGGGAACCAUAACUACAGAGCUGAGGAAAAGAGUAAAAAAUACUUGAACCCAUUUCUGAAGCACGGAAAACAUUCUCCAGCAGGCCAUUACAGUGUAAGCUUAACAUCGGUUUCUAAUGAAAAAACAUUCCUUCAGGCAAAUAAAAAAAAAUGGGAAUUCUCCAAGACAGAUGUGCAUUUGCCAGAACUAAAUCAUCUCCCUGAACUGAGAGGAGUGGAAGCAUGGAAUCCCAGAUUUCUCAAAAAGGAGAACAAAACAGUUUCAGAGUCCCGUAUUCCUUCCCUCGCUGCUAUUGACCUCCAUAACGCAAGUCUGGCUUCACAGCAGCUAUCGGGGACCUUGAUAUCCGAUGCAUCAGAAGCCAGCUUCCCCAGAGUCGAGCAUUAACCUGAAGGAGAAUGGGAUUACACCUGCCUCUAAAACGUGGCUGAAAGAGUGGGAACAGUCCAGCUGAGUCUCCAGGUGCUAAUGCCGCAUGGUUUCUGCGGAAGAGAGGAGAAUCCCUUAACUCUCUUGUUAGCACAGUGGACUGCCAUGGGGCGUGGCUCAGACUGAGUCCAAGGACAGAGCUCUCAUUGCCGUUGCUGCUGGAUUUCUUGCAUGUGAAACAGUUCCUGAGAUGUUGACUUCCUGGCUUAGGGCCAAGUCUUGACUGAAGUUGCUCAGAAAGAAGUGGUGGUUUAUUGGUGGGUGACAGGGGCAGAAGUUGGCUUGGAGGAUUUUUGAAGAAAGCGGGGGUUUCCUUUUGUCUAACUACUGCUCUCUUGAGAGGGUGUUAUUCAAUGAGAAUAUGAGAGCUGCUGAAUUUGUUAUAUUUUGGUGAGCUAUCUGGUCUGUAUUGGAAAGCAUCUUUGUCUUGGCAAAAAGGUCCAUGGGAAAUGUUUGUGGAAGAAAGAUAUUGUUAAACAUACAAAUGUUCCUAACGGUUCCUUUGAAACCCUUGCUAACGCUCAGGAGCGUGCGUGCAGUUGUGUUAGGGUCCUUUUCCCUGGAUACUCUCCCUCUCCAGCUUUUGGGCAGUUGUUUCUAGACGUUUAACUGGGCCUGUUGACUGGCUGCACUUGAGUGCAUGUGUGACUCCUGUUAAUGCUGAAGGAAGAGUUAUCGGUAUAACACGUUGAGCUGUGGAGCAAGUCGCAUGUGAAAUGGCUUCAGAGGAGUGGUUGGUAACUCAUUC